GUGAAAUUUAUAACACAUUUUCGCCAUCGAUUCUCUUUAUCGUCGUUGGAGUGCACUUCUUACCCGCUGAAGCUACAAAAACAGCCACAUUCACACGAACAUACUUUGUUCCACACCAAGUCUCUAGUUUGUGGGAGAGUAUCUAGAGAAUCCUGCAUUCCAAUGCUUUAUUGAAACGACGCAUUCUAUAUGUGCGUACACUUACAAAUAUCGGUUUACAGUACGUCGUUUUUGGUCUUGGGCGAGGUGUAUUGUGUCUGUUUGGGCGCCUGGCUACCAAUGUUAUUUAUUUGUCGAUGGGGGGGGGUGCGUAAUAUACAUUGGGGUCUUUGCGCGGCGAGAACAGUGGGAAUCUAUGGGAUUCUUUCUCUUAUGUCUCCCGUGCUAGUUCUGGUGCAGUGCCCUGUGGAUUGAAAGCGAAAUCGGCGUUCCAUGGGACCUUGUCCGGCUAUCCUUGAGCUACAGUGGGCUGUAUCCACUCAGUGGUGGAGCAGGGAUACACCCAUUGUCUCCUAUGCCUAACAGCUUCCCUAUCGAGGCUGGGUUUGACAAUUUACCUUCAUCCCCUCCUCGGAAUCAUUUGUUAAUGAUAAAACAUCGCUCAUUCCAUCUCGGCUCGCGCGGCAACUGUCAUACGAGAAUUCUUCCUGUUUCUGGACAUGAUUAGAUCUAGUAUCUCUUUUCCGCUUGAUAGGGGGUUGGUGGCGAUUGGGAACCGCUUUUUGCUCUUCAAUUUCGGGAACUGUGGGGGUAGAUAUACCAACACUCAUGCAGAAGUCAUGUGUUUGUCCAUCUUUCAACAUUCUCAAUUUUUCUCUCAAUGCUGUGGUAUGGGUUCAGAUCGGUCCUCUAACUAAACACAGUUGGAUGUGGAGUGGGAGGUGAGAGGAGGGGGUCUUUGAGAAGUUCCGCUACCAGUGGUAAUGUAAACUUACGCAUUAGACCACCACAGCGGGGAGUGCACCCGCAAUACCGGUAGUUAGUAUCAUACCGGGAUUGCAUUUUUUUGCAGCGAGGUUAAGCCUGGGCUUGAUCAUUUGCACAAGGGCACUAAGUACUCAAGUCCGGCGCUGCUGAGACCUUCUCCGGAAAUAUCUUGCGUAUGCGCGGUGCAAGGUGAAUCAGGUUACUCCGCCACUGUGGGUGGGGUGGUAAUUGAUAGGACACUCCGUGGCUUAGAUGCUAGAGUUGUUCAAGCUUGUUUUCUCAAGCUUUUUUUCUCUGGGGCCAACCUCCUUCACGUCAUGCUGCAGGAGUCUGACUCAGUUAGACCUGAGUGUCCUGUUGCCUAGAAGCACUAUCCUGGCGGUGCGGCUAGGUUUUGUGGCUGGACUGAUGCCGGCACUACAGUUGCUGAAUGGACUCGAAUCCUAGGACUCUACUAUUUAAUCCCUUAUUGGGUAAUAAGUUCUAGUGGAAUAUUACAGGUAGCGGGCAAGAGGUACAAGUACUCGUUUUCGGGCACAAGGAUUAGAAAGAUACGUGGCUAGUUAUCAGGGCCCACAUGAACUCUAAGUUAGUACCCAAUGGUCUGAUACUUCUUGUCGCUUAUCAUACUCAAAGAAAUCAUGAACCGAUUGCAUGAUGGAAUCAUGCUCGAGCUCAAAUCGGUUGGAGAGAUGAGGAUCAUCUUUGGCUAACUUGUGCCCUGUGUUGCGGUGGUAGAUUGGCCUUAACUUAAUGGAAAUUCCUGUAGGCUGGAACGUUCCCCGGAGAAACCCACUCUUUCUCCGCAAUCCACUUGCAAAAGCGUUGUUACUUGUCUCCUGCAUACCUAUCGCGCGGCCCUUCCCGUCUCCAUGGUCCUUCUGACUGACGAGGUGCUUUUCAUUGGGUGCGAUCGAAAAUUCUUAUAAUGUUAAGUUGCUCACAACACUCGGAAAACUCUUGCAACAAAAGAAAUCGGCCUCAGAGCUCUUUGCCCAAGGUGGGAUGCCCGGGUAAGCGGUAGCGGUUAUUGCCGCCCCCCAGUUCCGCUUAUCAUUGGCGAAUGGGGAAAUAAAAAUUUCGUACUAAGAACUUUUCUCAAGUCACUUGCCCUUUGGUAAAGUAAAUUGAGAAAUUUCAGCAAGAAUCGACGGCAGUUCGGGCGGGGCCAACGGGCUCCGGUUUUUUUCCCUUUCGGAAAUCGGAGUAUAAGCCUGGCAAGGGUCCCACCAUUGCACCCGUGUUCCGGCACAGUAGUUGAGCAUUGCGGUACUUCUGCGAUUUCGGAUCAAGAGUUGUGCGCAAGUUCCCGCCCCACUCAAGAAGAAAGGGAUUAUCCUGUUUGCUGAAGUGUUGGGAACCCUCAACUUUAUUCUGUGUAUCAUACCGAAUGAAAUCACAAGAUGCACAAUAGAAGUGUGGAGUGCAGUGUCAAUCCCUAAUAUUUUCGCAUUUUCAGAGGAUGAGGUAAACGGCGAGCUUAAGCCUCUCCUAACUUUGUCUGUAUAAAGAUUUAUUGGGAAGUCUUUUACUAACACCCAAUAUCCCCCAGAAUCUGUGGCUUUCACUUC